AAAAGCUAGCCCAGCAACGCCAACCAACUGCAAUGAUUCUCCCCCACUCCGCGCACAGACCCAAAAGCAGAUAAGGGAGAAGAAAGCCGCCACCUAAUAAUGUCCUAAUCCCCCGACCUCCUCCCCUCGAUCGAAAUUCCAAUUCCAAGGAGAGAGAAAAAAAUAGCAGCGCCUGAGAGCAACGGUGCGUGCGUGCGUGCGUGCGAGCGAGGGAACCCAGGCGAGGUAGCGGAUCCCCCGGACGGGCGGGUGGUUCUAGGGUUAGGGUUUGCGGCGGCGGCGGCGGGGCUGGGGACCGUGCGUGCGCCUCCUUCGACGGCGAGCCGGAUGCUAUGCUGCUAGGCUGCGGGUCGCUCUCCUCGUGGGUGCGCCGCCUCGUCGCCUGCGUGGGAGCAGAAAUUGUUUUGGAUGUGCGAAGUCUACUCCUAUAACAGCUGUUGAUGAGCCUUCUAAAGGUUUAAGGAUUCAAGGGCGCUCGAUAAAACAUCGUAGUUUGUCUGAAGAUUUUUGGAGUACAAGUCCACGUGAAAUGGAGAACAGUGCCUUGCAGUCGCAGCGUAGCAUGUCUUCCAUCAGCACAGCAGCACAAUCUAGUGAGCAGCAUGGAGCUGGAAGUAGCAGCAACCCAAAUGAGUUUGUAAAUCAAGGCCUUCUACUCUGGAAUCAGACUAGACAGCAGUGGGUUGGAAACAGAAGGUUUAAUUCUCAGCGUCAAAAGACCCGGGAGCCAAAAAUAGGUUGGAAUGCUACAUAUGAGAGCCUGCUAGGAAGCACCAAGACAUUUGCACAGCCGAUCCCUCUUGGUGAAAUGGUAGAUUUCCUCGUGGACGGCUGGGAGCAGGAGGGCCUAUAUGAUUAGCUGCUUAAUUAAAGGGUGGUGGUAUUUGUCGGGGGUCUCGUUGUUAAUCGCUGGAAUGUACUCAACUUUGGUUUAAUCAAAGCGUGUGGGUGAUGAAUGUGGAUUAUCCUCGUGACAGGAUGGCAUCACUUUUUCUUUUAAAGUAAAUGUAACAUAUUUUUGUCCUACUAUGUUUAUUUUUUUACAUUUAGCAUUGUGGUCUCCCCCUGCCUA